AUGUCUAAUCCAUCCUUCGUAUUGCGAGCAGUAAAAGAUGUCGCAUUUGAAGAUAGAGACAUUCCGGAACUUCGUGAUGAACAUGAAGUAAGAGUCCGGAUCGCGCAGACCGGAAUUUGUGGAAGUGAUGUACACUACUGGCAAAGAGGCCGUAUCGGAGACUUCGUGUUGAAAAGUCCUAUCGUGCUUGGUCACGAAUCAUCCGGCACUGUUGUUGAAGUUGGUCGAGCAGUCAAAAAUCUGAAGCAGGGUGACCGUGUCGCCAUCGAACCCGGUGUCCCAUGCCGAAGAUGUGACUAUUGCCGCGGCGGCGAAUACAACUUAUGCAACGACACCAUCUUUGCAGCCACGCCGCCUUGGAACGGAACUCUUGCAAAGUUUUAUACGGUAGCAAGCGACUACUGUUACAAAAUUCCUGACUCUAUGAGUAUGGAAGAAGCUGCCAUGGUUGAGCCAACUGCUGUUGCUGUGCAAAUAGCAAAGGUUGCCGAUCUGAGAGCCAAUCAAACUGUGCUCGUCUUUGGAUGCGGACCUAUCGGUGUUCUUUGUCAAGCGGUAGCAAAGGCAUACGGUGCUCGAAAAGUCAUCGGAGUGGAUGUCGUCAAGUCACGACUCGAUUUUGCCAAGUCAUACGGCGCCGAUGCCGUUUUUCAACCACCCAGGCCCGACCAAAAUGUCGAACCCGUGGAGCACUCCGAGAAGGUCGCGGCUAUGAUCAAGAAAGAGUUCGAGCUCGGUGAGGGAGCAGAUGUGGUUCUAGAGUGUACUGGAGCAGAGCCUUGUAUCCAGGCUGGCGUCUUUGCUGCAAAGAAAGGUGGCACCUACGUACAGGCCGGCAUGGGCAAGGAAAACGUGCUCUUUCCCAUCACAACGGCUUGUAUCAGAGCACUCAAUAUUCGAGGCUCGAUCAGAUACACUAAAGGCUGCUAUCCAGAUGCAGUUGAGCUAGUAGGCUCAGGAAAGAUUGACGUCAAGAGACUGAUCACUAACAGAUUCAAAUUUGAAGAGGCAGAGCAAGCUUUUGAGCUUGUCAAAGCUGGCAGGGAAGAUGUUCUGAAGGUUAUCAUCGAGGGUGUCCGGGACUAG